AGACACACACACACACACACCCUUCUAAGAAGCGGGCGUUAUAAAAGCUUCACCCCACCCAGAGGUGUGAGAGCAAGCAGUGAACACACACACACUCACCAACAGGUUGGAACCGAGCUCACAGUCAAACAGCAACUCUCCCUGGAUAUGAACACCCUCACCCUAAUCUUUCUGCUGUGUUUGGUCUGCAGUCCUCCAGGCUCCCUGGGGUCUGCCGUCACCUUGUCCCCUGGCCUGGGCCCGGCCUCUGGGGUCGUGACCUCAGGAGAGGUGCUGAGGAUGGCAGGUGAUGAGGCCGACCUGGAGGAGGAUCUCUCAGGAACACAAGCAGAAGAGUCCACGCACGACUCAGCGCUGCAGUUCAGCGAGGAGGAGAGGAGGUCAAAGAGGAAAGGAAAGGGCAAGAAGAGGAACAAACACAGAAACAAACACACCACUGCCUUCCAGCCAGACACGUCCCACAGCAGCAGGCUCACAUCCAACAGCACGUCAGGACAUACGGCGCUCACCUCAGCCAGCGUCACUGCUGACCCCUGCAGCUCCUCUCACCUCACCUACUGCAUCCAUGGGAUGUGCAAAUACCUGGAGGACCUGAAGGAGGCUGUGUGUGUGUGUCUGAAGGGCUUCGACGGCGAGCGCUGUGGUAUCCAGCUGCUGGGCAGCAGGAAUGAGGAGGAGGAGGAGGAGGGCAGCAAGGGGGAGCUGGUUCAGACUGUGCUGGUCAUCAUCGCUGUGGUGCUGUCACUCAUGAGCUGCAUCGCCAUCCUGCUCAUGACCUGUGCUCAUUACAGGACACAGAAGAACUUCCUGUCUGCUUACCUGGGCUCGGCCAGUGAGAAGCAUGAACUGCAGACGCCUCCUGCUGACGGGACUGUGUGAUCACCUCCAGAACCUCAGCGCUGUUGAAUUACGUCGCAAUGAAUUACGUCAGGAAGACAAAGGGGCACAUGGACCCGUCCACAGAACAGAGAACACUGUAGAACUGCUGUACAAUGUUAUUUAUUUGAUUGUUUUUAUUUAUUGAGAAAUUCCCUUGUUCCUUCAUUUGAUAAUAUUAUUGUUAGACUGCUAUGUUUACCGUCUUGGACUGUAGCUAAUGUAAGUUAUUUAUUGCACUAGUCAUUGUCACUUAGGUCAGAGUGAUGUUCUAACCCUUUAAAAGGGAAUAUAUUUUAAGUCACCAAUAAAGUCUCUCAGUGUUAAGUUAAAGCUUGUGCACUGACAGUGUGUGUGUGUGUGUGUGUGGCAGUUGUACAUUAUGUGUGUGCACAGAAUGUAAAUAUGUGUGUGUGUGUGUGCUGCGCGCGUGAGAGAGAGAUCUAUUUGCAUGGUUGUAUGUUUACAUUCCCCUCUGUGAACGCAUUCUCCUCUGACUGGCUCCCACUGCAGCAGCUGCAGAACAGAGAGGAGGAAGCGAUGAGAAUAAUUAAGAGGCCAUCAACUCUUGACAUCACAAAGGUAAACCUUGUAACAUAAUCGAUAAUAGGCCUACAGACGUGGCAGAAAGUUAUGGUUCCGUCUGCAUUACUGUAGCAUGCUAAUUCACCAAAACUAUUGCUAAUAUCUCCGUUGAGUCACAACUGAUCUAAAGCCCUUUGGCACAU